AUGUCCGCCACCAAAGUCUACCUCGUCACUGGCGCCAACCGCGGUAUCGGCUUGGGUCUUGUGCAUGAGCUUGCGACGAGACAUAAGGACGUCGUCGUUUAUGCCGGCGUCCGGGAUACCGCAAACGCGAGCUCGCUACAGGAGCUUUCAACUAAGUUCCCCGGCAAGAUAGAGAUCGUACCAUUUGUUGCGGGCGACGAGGCUAUCAACCAAGCGCUUGCGAAGACCAUCCAAGACAGGCAUGGGUAUUUGGACGUCGUCAUCGGCAAUGCUGGGACAAUCGAGUACAUGGGAAACGCUGAUGAGACGCCCAUCGACAUCUUCCGGAAACACCUGGAGGUCAACACCACGGGUGUCCUCGUGCUUUUCCAAGCCCUCGCUUCUCUACUCAAGGCCAGCAAGUCUACGCCCAAGUUCAUCCCGAUUUCCUCGGGUGCAGGAAGCCUAACGGCACUCAUCCAUGCGCCGCUUGGUUUCACCGCUUAUGGAGCUUCCAAAGCCGCGAUGAACUUCCUGACGCGCAAGAUUCACUACGAAAAUGAAUGGCUGGUGGCUUUCCCCCUCGCACCAGGCCUCGUGAACACAGAUAUGGGCUCCAAGGUCCGAGUAAUGGACAAAACGGGUAUUAUGGCCAACCUACAAGAUGAGAUGAUGAUGUCGGUCGAAGAAGCCUCGGUCGCGCUCGUCAACCUCGUCGAUAAUUCAACGCGCGAGAAGCAAGGUGGAGAAUUCCUCAAAGUCGACGGUGAAACUGUCCCUUGGUAA